CUCUGUGUUACAGUGAUGGCAUUGAAAUCUGAAGGUUUACCAGAACCUGGACGCCCUGUUGCUGUUGAGCAUUUCCGUUCCCCAAGAAUUGGCUCUGUGCCAAUCCCUGGAGGUUCCUUUAGUGUUGAUGCUUCUCUUCCGGGGCUUCCCACACCUCAGGUUGAGGCUGCUCCUAAAAGGACACCUCGGCGCUUGUUUCCUGAAACGUGGAUAUGGGACCUGGUUAUUAUAAAUGGUUCUCAAGGAAAUAGCCAUUCUCAACUCCGUAGUUCCAGUAGAAAGAGAGAUGUAUCUGAAGAAUCCAAAGAGAUUGCUCUUCCCGUGACCAUCCCGGACACCAUCACUGAAUGGAAAGCUGGAGCUUUCUGUCUUUCAGCAGACGCAGGCUUUGGCCUGGCCCAGUCCACUUUUCUGAAGGCCUUCCAGCCGUUCUUCGUUGAACUCACCUUGCCAUACUCCGUGGUGCGAGGAGAAGCCUUCCCACUCAAGGCUACCGUCUUCUCCUACCUGACUGAUUGCAUCCGGGUCAGAAUAUCUCUGACGCCUUCUGCUGACUUUGAGGCAUCUCCUAUGGAGGAGAAGGAAGAUUCCUAUUGUAUCUGUGCAGACGGAAGGAAAACGGUGUCAUGGAUGAUGACCCCUAAAAUUCUAGGGGAGAUCAACCUCACAGCCAGUGCAGAGGCCGUGACUUCAAAUCAGCUCUGUGGGAAUGAAGUCGUGGAGGUGCCCACCACUGGAAACAAAGACGUCGUGAUCAAAUCGUUAUUAGUUGAGCCUGAAGGGAUUGAGAAAGAAAUGGUGUUCAACUCUCCUCUCUGUGCAUCUGCAGAACCCUUGUCCGAAUCUUAUCCUCUGACAUUACCGGAGAAUGUUGUAGAAGGCUCAGCCAGGGCUUCAUUUUGUGUGCUGGGAAACAUUUUAGGAGGAGCGAUAAAGAACCUCAAUCGGCUUCUCAAAACGCCCUACGGCUAUGGGGAGCCGAACAUGGACCUCUUUGCCCCCAAUAUCUACAUCCUGGACUAUCUCAAUAAGACUGGACAACUGACACAGGAGAUCAAAGCCAAGGCCAUCGGAUACUUAGAGACUGGCUAUCAAGAGCAACUGAAGUACAAGCAUCGUGAUGGUUCUUACAGCACUUUUGGAGAAUCUUACUGUAAGGAAGGGAACACUUGGCUGACAGCUUUUGUGCUGAAAUCUUUUGCUCGGGCAAGAUCCAUAAUCUUUGUGGAAGACAAGCACAUCAACGACGCUCAGAAUACACUGAUACAGCAGCAGGAGAAUGAUGGAUGCUUUCGGAGCACUGGGUCUCUUUUUAACAAUAACCUCAAGCGGGGAGCUGAUGACAAGACCAUUCUUUCAACUUACAUCACCAUUGCUUUGCUGGAAGUGCCGCUACCUCCCACUCAUCCUGUGGUGCGAAAUGCUUUAGUUUGCCUGGAGAAGGUGACUGAAGCCAAAGAGAUCCACAUUUAUCUCUGGGCUCUGUUAGCAUAUGCUUUUGCUUUGGCGGGGAAAGAGGAGAAGAGGCAAGAAAUGUUGGACUCCCUUCUAAAAGUAGCUGUGGAGGACGAGGAUGGCUCCAUCCACUGGGAGAGGUCCCGGAAGCGAAAGCAGAGGUCUGAUUUUCCACAUUCUUUGCGUGGUACCUCUGUUGAGGUAGAGCUGACUUCCUACGUGCUCCUUGCUUUGCUGACCAAAAACACGUCCCUGUCCCCGGAAGAAUUCAAGACAGCAGUUGCCAUCGUCAAAUGGUUGACCAAACAACAGAAUUCCAAUGGAAGAUACUUUUCUACACAGGCUACGGUGGUGGCUCUCCAGGCCCUCUCCCAAUACGAGACACUUACUUAUUCCAAGGAUGGCAUCUAUGCCACUGUGACCUUGAGUUCAGGAGAUGCUGUCCUGACAAAAUUCCAUGUGGAGAGCAAAAACUCUCUGCUGCUCCAGUGCCAGGAUCUGCCCUAUGUGCCAGGGAACUACAAGGCUGAGGUGACCGGUUGCAUUUUUUUGCAGACUGCCUUGAAAUACAAUGUCCCUUUGGAGCAAGAAGAUGCACCAUUUAGGCUGGAUGUGCACACCGUUCCUGAGACUUGCACAGGAAACCAAGCUCAUGUCACUUUUGACAUUGCCAUGAAUGUCAGUUACACUGGCCAACGUCUAGUUUCCAAUAUGGUAAUUGUCCAGAUUAAGAUGCUGUCCGGAUACGUCCCGGUGAAAUCCAGUGUAAAAAAGCUGGAAAGGCUAGGUCAGAUCCAGAAGAGUGAAGUGAACAUCAAUCAUGUCCUGCUAUACUUGAAUGAGGUACGCAACACAAGCCAGACUUUCUCCUUUACAGUGGAGCAGGAGACACCCAUCCAGGGUCUGAAGCCUGCCUUCGUCAAAGUCUAUGAUUAUUAUGAAACUGGUGAAUUUGCAACAGCCAAGUACACUGCCCCCUGCAGUACAGAUGAUAUCAAGGAAGUCCACAUAUAAAGCAUAAGGAUUCAGCUCAUGUUUUCUGGAAUAGCACAUUAUCGGAAAGAAUGAAUCUCGUAGAAACUAAGGAGGAAUAUGAUUUUAUAUACAAACGUAUUAAAUGCUCAGUACUAAAAGGUUUUAAUAUUUGGAUUGUAACACGUUUUUUUCAACUGUAAGCCACCCAGUGUCAUUGACUGAAA